GGUUAUCACGUUGGCCUACACCCGCCUUUAUACACAGCUCAACAAUGGAUCCAGUCACAUUGCUUUAUGGGUAAAUACAACAUUGAAUAGAGUAUGAUGUUAAAGCCAAUAAACAACAAUUGAUGGAGACGUGUUAUAGUGCACAAAUGCUACAGACAAGCACAAUGUGUGCCACGAUGUAAUACAUUUCAAGGACAAGGCAGUGAAGAAAUGGUUUAACAUAUAAUGCAACACAUCGACGGACAGGCAGUCAUGGCCCACUGAACUAUGGAAGUAACCGCGAGGACCAAUGGGGAUUGCUGUACUUCUGGUCCUGAUUCUUCGGCAUUGGAUCAACAACGUGGAGGGAACAUGUUCGGUUGGCAGCGCAGUGACUUGUGACGAGUGUCUCCAGCUGGGUCCCCAAUGUGCAUGGUGCUCACAAGAGAAUUUCACAGACUCGUUUUUAAUUAGUGAGCGAUGUGACACGCCGUACGUCCUCCUAGAGAGAGGCUGUCCCCAGGACCUGGUAGAAUUUCCUGUGACCAACUCCGAGGUCCACAAGGACCAGCCUCUCGGGAAGAAGACGGGGAAUACCAACAGCACACAGAUAACACCACAGAAGAUGGCCCUCAAACUCAGAACUGGCAGUGAGGUGACCUUCCAGAUCAGUGUGCAGCAGACAGAGGACUACCCUGUAGACAUCUACUACCUGAUGGACCUCUCAGCCUCCAUGAUUGACGACCUGGAGAUGAUUAAAGACUUGGGCUCCACCCUGUCCAAAGAGAUGGCAAAGCUCACCAGUAAAUUCAGACUUGGAUUUGGGUCCUUCGUUGAGAAACCAGUCCUCCCGUUCAUUAAGAUCACUCCUGGAGAGCUGGAGAACCCUUGUAGGAGUGUGGAUGAGAGCUGUCUGCCAACGUUUGGAUACAAAAACGUCCUACCCCUCACCAGCAGCACAGAGAACUUCAACAAUAUCAUCACCAACCAGCGUGUGUCUGCCAACAUCGACCUGCCGGAGUGUGGCUUCGAUGCCAUUAUGCAGGCUGCUGUCUGUGGGGACAAGAUAGGCUGGAGGAACGACUCCAUGCGUCUGCUGGUGUUUGUGAGCGAUGCCGACUCUCACUUUGGGAUGGACAGCAAGAUGUCAGGCAUCGUCGUCCCUAACGACGGGGAGUGCCAUCUGGACAGCAACAAUGAAUACUCUAUGGCUGCCCAUCUGGAAUACCCAACUCUGGGACAGCUGAUGGAUAAACUGGUGGACAACAAUAUCCUGCUUAUAUUCGCUGUGACGGAAAAUCAGAAACACAACUACGAGAACUAUGCAAAUUUCAUACCUGGUGCCACUGUGGGGGUUCUGGAAUCAGAUUCAAGGAACAUCCUCGAACUGAUUGUGACGGCGUAUAAAGAGCUGCGGUCUGAGAUAGAGCUGGAGGUACUAGGAGACACAGAGGAUCUACAGAUCUCCUUCACAGCGAUCUGUCAGGAUGGGACAGUACUACCUGGACAGAAACAAUGCUCCAACGUCAAAGCUGGAGACACGGUCUCCUUCAAUGUGACGGUAGAACUCUCUGAGUGUCUCGACGGUCCCCAGCGUUUCCUCAUCAAACCGGUGGGCUUUCAGGACCCCCUGGAGAUAGACCUGGAGUCCCUGUGCUCCUGUGCCUGUCACCAGACCCCCGAGCCCAACAGCAGCCACUGCAGCCUGGGCCGUGGAUCUCUGGAGUGUGGCUCCUGUCUGUGUGAUCCCGGGUACAUGGGUUCCAAGUGUGAGUGUACGGAGGAGAGCGUCCAGAGCAGUAACUGCAAGGCCAGUGGCGCUCCGGAGUCCUGUAGCGGGCAAGGGGAGUGUUACUGCGGCCAGUGUGUGUGUCACCCGUCUAGUUUCGGACGCGUCUACGGGGCCUACUGCGAGUGUGACGACUUCUCGUGUGUGAGGUUCCGAGGGGUCCUCUGUGGAGGUCACGGGGACUGUGACUGCGGCGGGUGUGUGUGUCAGAGCGGCUGGACGGGGGAGUACUGUAACUGCAGCAGCAGCAGGGACACGUGUGUGUCGGAGGACGGAGCGCUGUGCAGCGGACGGGGGAAGUGUGUGUGCGGGAAGUGUGUGUGUUCCAUGCCCGGAGCCUCUGGAGACACCUGUGAAAGGUGCCCUACCUGUGGAGACUCCUGUAGCUCUGCUAGGAUCUGUGUGGAGUGUCAUCUACAAGCAGAAGACGAGGCCACAGAGGAGUGUGUCCAAAGGUGCAGCAUCCCUCACGUCUUCAUCAAUAAUUCCACAGAAUACGAUGAGAGCCGGUCCACGCUGUGUACCCUAAAGAGCGAGAACAACUGCUUCAUCUCUUUCAGUGUGGUGGCUGGAGACAUAGGGAGCACUGUGUAUAAUCUAAAGAUGUACGACUGUCCUGAGCCCCCCAACAUAGCUAUGAUAGUACUGGGGGUCUCUCUGUCCAUCCUCACCAUCGGCCUCAUCCUGCUGGGGGUGUGGAAGCUGCUGAUCUCGGUCCACGACCGCAAUGAGAUCGCCAAGUUUGAGGCCGAGAGGGCAAAGGCUAAAUGGCAGUCGGGUACAAACCCUCUGUUUAGAAGCUCGACAUCAACGUUUAAAAAUGUAACUUAUAAAAGCACAGGGGGACCGAAAGUUGAUAUUCAUCCAAUGGAUGGCUACUGAUGAUGACAUCAGUGUGUGUGUGUGUGUGUGUGUGUGUGUGUGUGUGUGUGUGUGUGUGUGUGUGUGUGUGUGUGUGUGUGUGUGUGUGUGUGUGUGUGUGUGUGUGUGUGUGUGUGUGUGUGCUUGUGCAUGCGUGUGUGUGUGUGGUGUAAGGACAAAUUGUAAACACCACAAUGUACAACAUUGUAUCACUCCAAAAGGUCUGGAUCUUCUUCAGGGAUGCUAUCUCAUAUCAGCAGACAGAAAAUGGAAUGUCUAGCUAUGAAUCAUCUCUAAAUGAAAUGACUUUGAUUUUGCUGCUCUUAAAGUUGUCUCUGGUACAAACACUCUGCUGAACUGAACACUGGAUAUUCCCAUUUAGAUUGUUACAGAUUUAGGAUCUUAAUUUGAUCACCCCGUUGCAGGAGAACUUUCCUGCAAUGCAGGAAAUGUCAAAAUUGUAGUGUAUUUGAGGUUUAAAAAGGUUUCUGAAGUUUGUAAUUUCUGCUUUGAAAUUUCAGACUUGAUUUCCCUUAUGGAAAAUAUGUAAACCUCUACAAAAAUAUCCAAUAUCCAUGUGUAAUUCACAUAAUUAUUUACAUUUCUGGUUGCUGCAGGAUUAUUUUCCUGCUGUAGCAAACUGGCUCAAAUUAAGAUCCUACAUCUAAACUGAGUAGGCUUGAUACUACUGCAAUAAUGUUUCAUGUUUUUUGAGUUAUUAAUGUUUUGUUUUGGGUUUUGAAUCGAGGCUGAGCCUUGAAUUAUGUAAUCUUCAUUGGAAUCAUUUUGAGAAGAAUAGUUGAUUCACUUUAAUGUAUGGCGCAAAAAAUAAAGUUGAACUUUUCAGUUGUUGCCACAUCA